AUGCACAUCACUGUAAACUCGCUUGAGUUUAGUUUGCAGCACACUGUAUGGCACACCUUGGAGCACUACUUCAUAGGGGUCAAAUGUGCCUUUGACUACUGGAGGGUCAGACGACCACAGAGCAGUCAGACGCCAGAAACCCAGUUGAACGAAAUCAUUCCUUCGACGAAACCGGUGCCUCCUCCACAGGAAUACUAUGGACAUGACCCAUACUACAAUCAUGACGACUGUGGUCCGAAAGUCAAAAUCAUUCAGCAAAUCCCAGGCGAGCCACCUAGCAACUAUUCAGAUGAGGAACAGGAGGCUGACGAUCCGAAAUGCAUUCAGAGGAGUGGCGCGAGUGGCUCUUUGCAUCCGACAACUAUCGACCCUGAAUCAAAACCCACUAGCAUCAUCACCCGCAGAUUACCCAACCGGCGAUCGUGA